UAUAGAUUCGGCAUUUGAUUGUUCUUCUUCAAACAAUUUCAGUAGGAAAAAUGGAGAGGGAAAGCCUGGAAGAAGGGCUGUUAACAGGCAGGCAUGGACCAAGUAGCAACGGCACCCUCCGUGACAGUCUUAUCGAUAAUCUUAACGUGCCGGCAGCGUCCUCGUUGACACCGGUUCUCGUCUUCAGUACGUUUGUUGCCGUCUGUGGCUCUUUCUGCUAUGGAUGUAGUCUUGGUUAUUCAUCACCUGUGCAGAAAGGGAUCAUGGAAGACUUGAGCCUAUCUGUGUCUGCAUAUUCUGUUUUCGGUUCGAUAAUGACAAUCGGAGGAACGGUGGGGGCAAUUUUAAGUGGGAAUAUAGCAGAUCUUAUCGGUAGAAAACGGACAAUGUGGUUCUCUGAAGUUUUCUGCACUGCUGGGUGGCUAUCAGUAGCAUUUGCAGAGAAUGCUUUUUGGCUGGACAUCGGAAGGCUGUUGAUCGGAAUCGGGGUCGCCAUUAUUUGUUAUGUGGUACCUGUCUACAUAGCCGAAAUAACACCUAAAAGUCAUCGGGGUUCGUUUGCAUCGGCAAAUCAGUUGAUGACUACUUCUGGGUUUGUACUUAUAUUUUUCACCGGAACAAUCAUUUCGUGGCGCAUGUUGGCCGUGAUCGGUGUUGUUCCCUCUGUAGUACAGAUAAUAGGCUUAUUUUUCAUUCCAGAGUCUCCUAGAUGGCUGGCAAAAUCCGGUCGAGAGAAAGAGUUUAAAGCUUCCUUGAAGAGUCUUAGGGGAAAGGACUCGGAUAUUUCCGAAGAAGCUGCUGAUAUCAGAGUAUAUAUGGAAACUCUUGAGCAAAGGACAGAAGGAAGUUUCCUCGAAUUGUUCCAACGGAGAUAUGCUAAUGCACUCAUCAUUGGAGUUGGCCUAAUGUUAUUGCAGCAAUUAGGAGGAAGCAGUGGUAUGACAUACUAUACCGGUAGCAUAUUCAAAGAAGCCGGUAUAUCAAGUAACCUUGGCCUUCAAAUUUUAGCUAUUGUGCAGAUUCCGGUAGCUAUUUUAGGUUUGUUCUUAACGGAUAGAACCGGUAGACGACCCCUUCUAUUGGUUUCUGCAAGUGGAAUGUGUUUUGCUUGCUUUCUCCAGGGACUGGCAUUCUGGUUUAAGGAACUUCCCAAUCUGAAGGAACUUACUCCGUCACUAGUACUUAUCGGCUUUAUGAUUGGUGGUACAGCUUUAACCAUGGGCUUGGCAGGAAUACCAUGGAUUAUAAUGUCAGAGAUAUUUCCUUUAAAUGUUAAAGCUCAAGCUGGAAGUCUGGUGACUUUAAUCAAUUGGUCCACUGCUUGGAUCGUUACUUGCAGUUUCAAUUUUAUGAUGCAAUGGAGCUCGGCAGGAACAUUUUUCUUUUUCUCGGGAAUCGCAGGCGUAACCGUUCUAUUUGUGGCCAUGUUGGUCCCGGAGACGAAGGGGAGAACACUGGAGGAAAUACAAGCAUCGAUCGCUCGUUUUCUGUAAUCUUGGCAUGUCCAUGAAUGCACCAAUAUGUAUAAACAAUAAGCAUAUGGCUUACUUUCUUACUUGUUUUACAAGUGAUCAUUUCUAGGGAUGACAAUGCUGGUGAACCCUUUUCCAUUUCCACGUAUUGGUCUUAAAGGACUCUACAUAUAUACGUUCAUAUACUGUAUAGUACUAUUGUAUUGAUACUUCAAUUUUUUUAUACA